AUGUCUUUGUCAGGUUAUAACUGUGUCCAGUUGAUGGCCAUCAUGGAGCAUGCGUACUACGGAAGCUUUGGAUACCAGGUCACCAACUUCUUUGCUGCCUCCAGUCGGUUCGGCACCCCUGAGGACCUGAAGAGGUUGGUGGACACCGCCCACUCUUUGGGGAUCACCGUCCUAUUGGACGUGGUCCAUAGCCACGCCUCCAGUAACACGGCCGAUGGGCUGAAUAAGUUUGACGGGACAGACUCCUGCUUCUUCCACUCUGGAGCUAGAGGACAACAUCCACAGUGGGGCUCACGCCUCUUCAACUACCAGAG